UCUGCUGCUGCCGCUGCUGUCUUCUUGGCUCUCUGAAAAAACUCAGCCGUAGCGCCGAACUUUAACUUGCCCUGCAGCCGGGAGAAAACUUCGGUGCGGUCAUCCCGAGACAGCCACGAUGGACGAGGAGCGCAGCGGCUCUCCGGACCUGACGGACAUAGAGACGAAGUUGGGUCGGAAAGUUCCGGACGGUCUCGUGCGGUCGCUCGCGGGGGGGAAAUGCGGCGACAGGCGCGAGCACGACAAGUCGGCUGCGCCUCAUUUCUGCGCAAACUCCGCGGACCUGAAGAGACUGCAGAGUAAAAUGCGCUUCUUGAGGCAGGAGAUGGCGAACCUGCGGGCCAUCGACGUGAAGCUCAUGCAGCAGCUCCUGGCGAUCAACGAGGGCAUCGAGUCCAUCCGCUGGGUGAUGGAGGACAAGGGGGACGCGAGCAGCCAGGACGGCAGCCUGUCAGGCAGCUUGUACAGCCUGUCGGACAGCCAGGAAGGCUCCUCCCCGCGGGGCAGCCUCGGCAGCCUGCACGACGGGAACAGCGACGGGCUGGACAGCCUCUCCGUGGGCAGCUACCUGGACACGCUGGCAGAGGACCUACCCGGGGACUCCUCGCCCACGGGCCUCAGUCACUUGAUGGACAAAACCGCAAUCUCUGGCGACUCUUUCACCAAGUCGCCUCUGAAACUCAGGGUGGAGUCGGACGAGUACUACUGCUUUAGAUAAUAGCAAUAAGCUAGACAAAGUGGUUCCAAGGACUGCUGAGAUAUUUGACGGGGGGAGAAAGAUUUCCGCCGGAGUGUCUGGGGAAUGUUACAGUUUUCCCUUGACACUGUUUCCCUGAAGUGGAUUAACAAAACCUCCAGUUUUGUUUUUGUUUUUUUUACCAAAUGUCAUCGGAUGCAAGAGAAAUCCUCUCUGUAGCAAUGACUGCAUACCGUUUUAUCGCUUUUUAAAACAAAAUGAAGAGUGCUCGGUUACGAUUCAUGCUUGUAUUUAUUGUCAAAUUACCCCCGAAUGUCUGCGGUCUUCAUCUCGAGUCAGGUUGAAACAACCGU